CCUCCGUCCAUCCAGCGGGCCCUCAUUGCUCGCCAAUUUAUCCGCGGCCGCACCCCGCAAUUGCUGCACGCCGGAAAGCGAAGUCGCAAUUGCCGCAAAAGGAUUGCCGGGCCUUACACCGACCAACUGGCCUCUUCUUGCAAUAACAGCAAAUCUAUCCUCAAUUUAUUCCGCCAAUAUGUCGAUUGCUCGCGCCGUCACCAAGCGCAUCAAACGGCCAGAUGCGCCUAAUGCCUCCUCCACGCUGUCGCCACCAGCCCGAAGCCAGAGUGUAAAGAGCCCUGGCUUGCAAAUUGACCGCUCCAAAAUCUCCUCUCCUGUGGCUUUGAUCUCCACGACCAACAUGCUGAGCUACAACGCGCCCGAUAUUGCAACCCUCCGAAAGACUUCCUCUUCGACUGCUUCGACUCAUUCUGCCGACGACUCAGACCACAGCAUCUCGACGCGGUCAAGAGCCUCCUCGCACGCGUCGCGAGAGACUCUGACCGAUGCUUCCUCUGUGAACUCGUCGCCGACCUCACCGGCACCGAAUCAUCUCUCUGGAUACUUCGCCUCAGCCAACAAGACCGCACGCAAGUCGGCGUCUGCAGGUAACCUACGCAAAUCAGCGUCGUCAAGCAACCUCCAGCAACUAAAGGAAGAUGUAGAGGAAGCCGUGCCUGCCAUUCCCGAAAGGGCCCUCUCGCACAGCAAGCGCGCCCACGAACGGCUCGCCCAGAAGCGGUCCCUGCAGAGCAUGUCGCGGCACAGCUCGGUGCACUCGACGCACUCCCACUCGAGCCGGAUGUCUCGCGAGCACCGGACAUCGCUCGACAUGUUCAAGGCCACCAUUCAAGAGGAGACUCAUCCAUUUGGGAAAGAGUUGGAGCAGCUCAACGAGGUCGCCGAGGAGUUCGGUGGUGCUGUUCGCGAUGCAGAAAUGGAGGCUGAUCUCGCCAUCAUCCGUGAGAGGUGCCUCGCAAUGUUCUGCGCAGCGGAUUACCUCGCCGAAAUCCAGCCGCUCUUCGCCAACAGGUUCGGCACCGUCCAAGCCCCCGCACCACUAGCUUGGAUAUAAGUCCUUCGCCCUCACACCGAGACCGGUUCUCUCCUAUCUGGUUCUUGUCUACCCCAUCCUUUUUGUCGACUCUCUACAGCUUCGAUAUACCUUAGACGACUACCACCCACCAUUUGGCUUGUACAUAUUCCCCCAUUUCUAUUCUCGCAUUCCUUGUGGCACCAUAAUUCCUAUUCUUUUUCCUACUUAUCA